UCGCGUGGGCCUGGCCGCUGGAAAACUUGAAAUCCAGGCGCAAGCUUAAGCACCCACGGAUCCAGCAAUGGCGCCAGCACCACAGCAAGAAGCUUCUCGGAAGCUCAACGUAGUGGAGAGCGCCGUCGUAGCGCCCUGGCCGAUCCCUCCGGUGCCGGAGACCUCCCUCCCGCUCACCUUCUUCGAUGUCUUCUGGCUCAACUUCCCGCCGGUGGAGCGCGUCUUUUUCUACCACCUCGUCCCCGGCCCCGGCGCCGCCACUACCGCCACCAUCCUCUCCAACCUCAAGACCUCACUCGCCCAAGCCCUCCGCGCCUUCUACCCGCUCGCCGGCCGCCUGCGCCUCAGGCCCGGCACCACCGACCGCCACGAGCUCCACUACCAGCCCGGUGACGGCGUCACCUUCACCGUCGCCAUGUACGACCUCGACGUCGACGAGCUGGCCCUGGACGAGCCGAGGGAGGUCGCCAAGAUCGCACAGCUCGUGCCGCCUCUCCCGGACGGCGGCGCGGUGCUCGCCCUGCAAGCCACCGUGCUGCGCGGCGGCCGCGGCCUCUCCGUCGGCAUGGCCCUGCAUCACGCUGCCUGCGACGGGGCAUGCUCCACCCAUUUCCUCCACACCUGGGCGGCGGCCAGCGCCGGCGCCGUCGCGCCGGCGCCCCCUGUCAUUGACAGAACUCUCGUCAAGGACCCAAGUGGUCUUUGCGACGCCUUCAUUAGAGCCAUGGCGAGUACCGAGAAGAAGGAUUACGUCAAGAUGCCCGGCGAUAAGCUCCUCGCCACCUUCACUCUGUCCAUAGAAGACAUACAACGCAUCAAGGACGUCGUCCUGCUCGCCGCGGCUGGCAAGGCGGGCGCGCCGCCGCGAUGCUCCUCGCUGGUUGCCACCUUCGGCUUCAUCUGGUCAUGCCACCAGCGGGCUAAAGAUGACAAAGCAAGUAACGGAGGCGGCGGCGACCCGACCUACUUCAUCUUCCCCGUCGACCACCGCUCGCGGAUGGAGCCUGCUCCCAUUCCGGACGAGUACCUCGGCAACUGCGUCGGCGCCGCCCUGCAGGGCGCGCCCAAGGACCGACUCGCCAUGCCCGGCGCUGUUGGCCUCGUCACCGCGUGCACGGCGGUUGCUGCGGCGAUCGAGCAGGCGGUGGGCGUCGGCAGCAUUCGGUCACCGGAGCUGUGGUGGGAGCGGAUAAGGGAGGCCAUAUUAUCCGGCGGCGGCGUGCUGACCGUGGCAGGGUCGCCGAAGUUCCGGGUCUACGACGUCGACUUUGGGUUCGGGCAGCCGGCCAAAGUGGAGAUCGUAUCCGUGGCGAGGACUGGCGCCCUGGCGGUGGCGGAGAGCCGCCGGAGCAGCGGCGGAAUUGAGGUGGGCAUAUCUCUGCCAGCGGAUGCCAUGCGGAGGUUCCAAUGCUGCUUCCACGAUGCCAUCGCUUGGCUGCAGUGCACAACACCAUUAAACAAGUAG